UGCCCAAACUUUCUUCACCAACUAACUGUUGAAUUUUUUUUCUCAGCAAAUUUAAAAAAAGAGUUUCUAAAUCAGUUUUCUGUUUGUGUUCAGAGUUAGUCAAAGACCAUGGCUACCUCUGUCUCAACCAUUGGAGCUGUUAACAAAGCACCGUUGAGUUUGAACAACUCAGUUGCUGGAACUUCAGUUCCAAGCACAGCCUUCUUUGGCAAAACUUUGAAGAAAGUGUAUGGAAAAGGUGUUUCAAGCCCCAAGGUUACAAACAAGAGCUUGAGGAUUGUAGCUGAACAAAUAGAUGUUGAUCCGAAGAAACAGACCGACAGUGACAGAUGGAAGGGUCUUGUCCAAGACUUCUCCGAUGAUCAACAGGACAUCACCCGGGGUAAGGGUAUGGUUGACAGUCUUUUCCAGGCUCCAACGGGUACUGGUACUCACCACGCUGUGUUGCAAUCCUACGAAUACGUCAGCCAAGGUCUUCGCCAGUACAACUUGGACAACAAGUUGGACGGAUUCUACAUCGCUCCUGCUUUCAUGGACAAGCUUGUUGUUCACAUCACCAAGAACUUCUUGAAAUUGCCCAACAUCAAGGUUCCACUUAUCUUGGGUAUCUGGGGAGGCAAAGGUCAAGGCAAAUCAUUCCAGUGUGAACUUGUCUUCAGAAAGAUGGGAAUCAACCCCAUUAUGAUGAGUGCUGGAGAAUUGGAAAGUGGAAAUGCAGGAGAGCCAGCCAAGUUGAUUAGGCAAAGGUACAGAGAAGCAGCAGAAAUCAUCAGAAAGGGAAAUAUGUGUUGCCUCUUCAUCAACGAUCUCGAUGCAGGAGCUGGUAGAAUGGGUGGAACUACCCAAUACACUGUCAACAACCAAAUGGUGAAUGCCACUCUCAUGAACAUUGCUGACAACCCGACAAAUGUCCAGCUCCCCGGUAUGUACAACAAGCAAGAGAAUGCCAGGGUCCCUAUUAUCGUCACUGGUAACGAUUUCUCCACAUUGUAUGCUCCACUUAUCCGUGAUGGUCGUAUGGAGAAGUUCUACUGGGCACCAACUAGGGAAGACAGAAUUGGUGUUUGCACAGGUAUUUUCAGGACCGACAAUGUUCCUGCUGAAGACGUUGUCAAGAUUGUUGAUAACUUCCCUGGACAAUCUAUCGACUUUUUCGGUGCACUGAGGGCGAGAGUAUACGAUGAUGAAGUAAGGAAGUGGGUAUCAGGCACUGGAAUUGAAAAGAUUGGAGACAAACUUUUGAACUCUUUUGACGGACCACCAACUUUUGAGCAACCAAAGAUGACCAUUGAGAAGCUCCUCGAGUACGGUAAUAUGCUUGUACAAGAGCAAGAAAAUGUGAAGAGAGUUCAGUUGGCUGACAAAUACCUCAAAGAGGCUGCACUUGGUGAUGCCAAUGCUGAUGCCAUUAACAAUGGAUCCUUCUUUGCUAGUUAGUAUCUUCGUCGACUUAAAGCCUAAAACAAGAGGAAAAGAAGCACAACAUGUUGAUCUUCCUGUUGCUGAAGGCUCUACUGAUUCAAUUGCAACAAAACUUGAUUCAACUUCUAUGGCUGAAGAUGGAAGUUAUCUUUUCAAAUUUUAAGGGCACUUUUGUGGGAGUAGCUAUUUGAUAUGACCAGAAUUGUGUAUUUAUGAAAUCAGUUCUGUUUUGUUAAUACAAGAUUUGGUUGAGCUUUUGUAUCAGUUUUGUAAUGCUAUGUAAUCAAUUUCUUGAUUUUGAAUUUCAA